CAAGGCAGGCUACCUUAAACAAUUAUUGUCUCUACCUCUCCUUCACCUGUGUAGCAUUUUAGAGAUUUAGCUAAGUGUAAAGACAAUAUAUGAGGGCUCCACAGAAGUGUACAACCUGUAAGAUCUAAUGACAGCUGCAACGGUGUUGUGCUGCGGCAGGAGGAGCCUUAGGUGGCUCCGAAAGCCUCUGGUACCUGCAGUUUUCACGAGAGACGAGACCACCUACACUCAGGGGCAGAGUCCGGAGCCCCGCAUUCGCGAGUACUUUUACUACAUCGACCACCAAGGGCAGCUCUUUCUGGACGAUACUAAGAUGAAGAACUUUGUCACCUGCUUCAAAGAUAAGCAGUUCCUUGUUUUCUUCUUCAGCCGCCUGAGAGCCAAUCGGACUGGCCGGUACCAGCAAGACUUCCCAUUUCUGUCUCUUUGUGGGAGAGAGCGUAACUUCCUGCGCUGUGAUGAUCAGCCUAUUGUCUUCACCCACCUGUUGUCAGAGCUGGGGUCAGAGGAGCGUCUGUCCUACUGUGGGGGUGGAGUCAAAUUGUCAGUCGCUUUUCAGCCAGAGGCUCUUUUCAUGCAUCCCCUGACUGGAAGGGUGUACCAUCCUGGACCUGAAAGUGGAGGUGGUGUGGGAUUGGUACGCUCUGCACUGGCCAUUGAUCUCAGCCCAAACUUUGAGUACCCUUCAGGACGAGACCACAAUGACCCACCCAGUCACUUUACAUGGGCGGGGCAUCGAUACACACUAACUAAUGAGCUGGCUAGACAUUUUGAGCAGACAACCUAGAGUGGGUUAGGCUGCUAUUAUAGGAGUUUGCAAAAGCAUCCAGUUGUUUGGAGGAAGAUUUAGUACAUAGCUACUUCUGAAGUUGUUUCUGUAGCACACUCUAUCAGUGUGGUUCAGAGUUGAUCAGCAAAAAUUAUGUGCUCCAGAAAUGAAAAUCAAACGAUGAACCGUUUGCAGCUUACCAAGGAUUUCUGAGUUUGUGUGUGAGUAUGUGAAUGUUGGACCAUGUGUACAUGGAUUUUGUCUCAAAUGAGUAUAUGGGGUAGUUAGGUAUGUAGAAUUUGGAUUGUUAUCUAAAUUGCUAUGAAUUAAAACCCUGUAUAUUUCAUUAGACCUGCC